GCUUUCGAUGCGGCAUUGUUUUUUGAAAGCGUGAUGCAGCUCUGAAAGGGUGAUAUUGUCGUAUAUUUUUACUUACGUUGUAUGUAAUUGUGCUGUAAUUUAAACCAUAAUUGUGAUUUAUUUAUUGUAAGUUAAUUUCGGUGGCAUUUAGUCAUGUCUUCGACGGUGAUUAAAGACGAGAAAGGAUCUUAUAUUCCUGCCAGUCAGAGACCCGAUGGGACAUGGCGUAAAGCAAAGCGAGUAAAAGACGGUUAUGUCCCGCAAGAAGAAGUUCCUUUAUACGAGAGUAAAGGAAAGCAGUGGGCUAAUCAAAAAUCGAAAUAUUCCGAAGGAAUUGCCUAUGUAAACGGACAACCCACCACUUCUACCAUCCCAGGAUUGAUUGUUCAAUCUGACGCGGGAAAAGAAAACAAAAAGAAGAAGAAAGAGAAGACCGAACCGAAAGGAGGCAAAGAUCAGAAAAAAGCAUUUGAAGUUAUCGAACCUUUCCAACCGGUUAAAAAACCAUCUAAACCUAAGCCCGAUUCGAAUCAAUCUAAGAAAGAUUCCGUUCCUAACGCAGCGAAAGGUAAAAAAGAAGCGCCUAAAACGCAAUCCAACGCUAACGCAAAAGAUAAGCCGCAGCCAGCUAAGCAACAACCUGCGAAGGGCUCACAGCCUAAAGACGCUGCUCCAAAACCCAAAGGUAACGCCGGCGGUGCUACAAAAUCCAAUGAUUCUCAGAAAUCGGCUAAACCUAAGCAAGCGAAUAGUAACGCCAAUAGCGUCUCAUCGGCCGGAGACAAAGGCAAAAAGAAGGGUAAAAGUCAAGGUGGCAAUGCCGGCUUGAAUAUCGACUUGAAAAACGUCGAGCCUACCAAGGAUAACGCGACGAAAAGACUCAAGUAUUUAAGGAUGAAAUUACAUACGAUCGAGUCGAUGGAGAAGAAAGUGAAGAGUAGCGAGUUGGAAUUAGAUCCGAAUCAGAAAGCGAAAGUGCAAAAGAAGAAAGAAAUACAGAAUACCAUCAAAGCUGUCGAAUAUUCUCUGAAACAGGGAAGCAAAGGAGCUGGUCGUUGAGUUGGUGCGUUACAAUACCACGAAGUUUUUGAACUGAAUUCAUCGUAACUGAGUAAACUUAUCGAAAUUUUGUUGAAAGUGUAGACCAUUUUUUGUGAAACGAUUUUAUUCUAAUUAAAAAACAAAAUGAAUUUUUUUAUCAUUGAAAAAUAUAUGCUGCCAACUUCGAUAGUUGACACGUUACAUAUUUUUUUACUGUAUUUUUUCUUUUUUUUUUACUAUUCAUCGCAAGUGUACUUCUCUUUUCAUACUGGCAAUAGUAUCUGUAUACUGAAAUUGUUUCAGUAAUAUUAUCGAUUGUUUAAUUUACUUCAGUUUUCAGUGAUAAUCGUUUUCGUUUUUACCAUUAAAUGUAUUGUUUUAAUUUAAAUGUUAACAAAAAUGUAUAUGGUAUAAAACACAUAUAACGCGCAAUUUGAUUGAAAUAAAAGUAUUAUUUCUUCCGUAACGAA